UCCUCUCCUCCAACUCCCACCGGCGGCCAGCUCUGCAGCUCUGCAGCUCUGCAGCUCUGCAGCUCCUGUGAUCCUCUGAGUUUUGCUUUGAUUCACUUCAGAAGUUUUGGAACUGUAUCGGACUCUAACUAUUUUUCUGACAACUAAGGAUUUUUCUUUUUUAAAGAUCUUUUCAGCAUGGAGACCACCACUGGGGAAUAUGUCGAUAACUAUGAGUAUUACGAUGACAAUGAGACUGCCUGUGACUUCUCAGAGUGGGAGCCCUCUUACUCCCUCAUCCCCGUCCUCUACAUGCUCAUCUUCAUCCUGGGCCUGUCAGGUAACGGUGUGGUCAUCUUCACUGUCUGGAGAUCCAAAUCUAAACGUCGGGCUGCAGAUGUGUACAUAGGAAACCUGGCCAUUGCUGACCUGACCUUUGUUAUAACCCUGCCUCUCUGGGCCGUGUACACAGCGCUGGGCUACCAUUGGCCCUUCGGUGUGGCUCUGUGCAAAAUCAGCAGCUAUGUUGUUCUGGUCAACAUGUACGCCAGUGUUUUCUGCCUCACCUGCCUGAGCUUUGACCGCUACCUGGCCAUCGUGCACUCUCUGUCCAGCAGCAGGCUGCGUUCCCGGGGGACAAUGCUUGCGUCCUUGGGGGCUAUUUGGGUCCUGUCCGGCCUGCUGGCUGUGCCCACGCUGCUCUUCCGCACCACUGUGAACGACCAAAACAGCAACAGGACAACAUGCGCCAUGGACUUCAGCCUGGUGACCAUGAACCAGAGGCACGAGUACCUCUGGAUCGCCGGGCUCAGCCUCUCCUCCUCCGCUUUGGGUUUUCUCCUUCCUUUCUUGGCCAUGACCAUCUUCUACUGCUUCAUCGGCUGCACCGUCACACGCCACUUCAACAACCUGCGCAAGGAGGACCAGAAAAAGAAAAGGCUGCUGAAGAUCAUCACCACGCUGGUGGUGGUGUUUGCAUUCUGCUGGACUCCCUUCCACGUGCUGAAGAGCAUGGACGCCCUCUCCUACCUGAACCUGGCUCCGAAUUCCUGCGGCUUCCUGCGCUUCCUGCUGCUGGCUCACCCCUACGCUACCUGCCUGGCCUACGUCAACAGCUGCCUCAACCCGUUCUUGUACGCCUUCUUUGACCUGCGCUUUCGUUCCCAGUGUCUGUGCCUGCUCAACCUGAAGAAGGCUAUGCAUGGCCACAUGAGCUCCAUGUCAUCUACGCUCAGCGCCCAGACUCAGAAGUCAGAGAUUCAGUCUCUGGCCACCAAGGUGUAGAGGGCAAAGGGAAAGGUGGAGCGGGGCUCCAACCACUGGAACACUUGUAAAAAAUACUUUACGUGUCCAUUGUUUAAAGCUGGUAAGCUGAGAUGAUGAACUUUCACCGCUCACAGUCAUGAAAUCCAUAAUAUGUUCCUCCUAUGCUACAGCGAGAGAUGUGGAUGCUCUGUAUGUUGUGUGGACUUGAAGCCGGAGCCAGCUGGCUGCGCUCAUUCGCUUCUCAAGUUCCCAGAGUUGUUGUGUCCUGCGCUGCAAAAGUUCUCAUUUCUAUCAUGAAAACAAGGCAGAAUUAUGAUUUUUUUUUUAAACACACACUGUUGAUUGUAAAUCAAUUUACACAGAAAUCUGUUUACACUGGAUAAAACAUAAAGCUGUACAGUAUUUUCAUACCAUAGCAUUUGUUUUGUUUGUUUCUUGAUGUAUUGCUGUUUUGUUUUAGAAGCACUUGUUAAAAAAGAAGAUGUGUGAGCAGGGAACUCAAACAGAGACGUGUCCUCUUAAAAACAUGUUGUUUGUGAAAGUAGAAGUCUGCAGCAGA